AUGGAACGUCUCAAGUCCAAGCGUGGAACUCGACGAGCUCAAACUACGAGAAUUCCCAACGAAGCUUCAACUGUCCUAAAAGAUGGAACUGCCUCAGCUGAAGCGCUGAAUGCAUUACUCCAACGUCUCACUACAAGCAAUGCGGAGCUCGUCGUACUGAAUACCGCCAUCGAGCCGCUUGUGACCGAUGAGGACUACGAAAGGUACGGAGUUAAGAGUGUAGCUGGACUUCCUAUCACAGAGGCCUCGUACGACGAUGCUACAGAAAUUCUCAAGGAGCGUUUCGAGUCACAUACGUGGAUUGCGUUCACUCGGAGUUCAAGACAGUUCUUACGCAGCAAUGCUAACAGAAAUACUAUUAUCUUCCCUGCCAUCGGAAAUCGUAAUCGACUUUUACCGCUCGGUUCGUCGCCCGACCACCACCAGCACUGCAAGCCCAACAGAUGCAGGAGACACCGCAGCGGCGUCCACGUCAACGACAGUUACGACGAACUACAGGCAGUGCUGAAGUUCCUUCACGUGGAGGUUGAGAGUCGAGAGAAAAGCGAAGUCGCAGAACGUAACCUCAAGAAACAAAUUCAGCCUGUCAGCAAAACAGCUACCUUAGGCCGAGCGAAUCCAUCUGCUGCAGUUCUACACAACGCAUCUACAAACCCAGCACCUUGCUUCUUCUGCAGCAACACUGAGCACAGUACUGAAGAGUGUGUUCGAUCAGUGCAAUUGAGCGACAAGAAGGCGAAGCUCGCUAAGGAUAAAAGAUGUUUUCGCUGUACCAAGAAGGGCCACAGCGCCAGAGAUUGCCGAGGGAGGAUGAGAUGCAGGAAUUGCGGCGGUCGUCACGUAACAUCCAUGUGCGAUCCUUCGUGGAAGCCCGAUAAGAAAGAACGGGCCAUAACUGAUGCUAAGGAUGUCACAAAUGUCCUAGUACCCGGAGGAGCUUGCAGGAACGGCACAGUGGUCCUACAGACUUUCAGAUGCUGGGCCGUCGGAAGAGGAAAGUGCAUCUACGUUAGAGGAGUCGUGGACGGAGGCAGUCAACAAACCUUCAUAAGCAAGCAAUUGGCUGAUCACCUAAAACUCAAGGUGAUCGACACUGUUACGCUCACGCUCAAUACUUUCGGAGACACUUCUGCAAGUUCAGAACGAAAACAAUGUAACGUCGUGGAACUCAGUCUACACAGUCAGUUCUCGCCUUCAGAGUAUCUGCUAAAGGCAGUCAUCGUACCCGUUAUUUGCAGGGACAUCAUCGCCACACCUUUGAAUAUUGAUCUGGUAACCAGAAUUCAGGAAAGCGGCGGCGUCAUAGCCGACGACCUCAUGUUUCAGAACGCAACGAAUUUAAGUGGGAUUAAUUUACUUCUGGGUGCGGACCAGCUAUGGAACUUCGUCACCGGCAGAAUCGAGCGGUGCUACAACAACGAGAACUUCGUGGGAAUCGAGACUACACUAGGGUGGACUUUUCAAGGCCCCACAAACUCACAAGAUGUGGAUUGCGUUACGUCGAGUCUUAUGACUUGCGUGCAAAGAACCGAUGCUGCCUGUGAUUGCGAAAACUCCAGAUCGCUACGCCAAAUGUGGCAACUUGAUGGCAUCGGCAUAAAAGAUGAAACCACCAUUCAAGAUGACGACAGAGUGUUCCAACAGGUCUUCAGCACGGUAUCGAAAGAAAACGGCAGGUAUACUGUUGCGCUCCCAUGGAAAACGUCUGCGUCCGACUUACCUGACAACCGUGACAUUGCUGAACGUCGACUGAGGAGCUUAGUAAAACGACUGCACAAAGAGAAAAAACUUGAAGAAUACGACCGUGCUAUUCAAAAAUACAUGAGCGACGGUAUUGCUGAACAAGUAAGAGGGAAAAAAACGAGUGACCGGUUGUACUACAUGCCUCACCGUGCCGUAGUUCGGGAAGGAUCAACAUCAACAAGAGUGAGAGUUGUUUUUGAUGCGCCUUCCCAUGCAGCAGGGUGCUGUUCGUUAAAUGACUGUCUCGAAACCGGACCGAAGAUAAACUGUGACCUUCUAUCGACGCUACUGCGCUUCCGCCUGAACAACGUGGCUUUAGUUGCCGAUAUUGAAAAGGCAUUUCUGCAAGUCGCCGUUAGAGGUGAAGACAGAGACGCUCUAAGGUUCCUUUGGUUUGAGCAGCCACCCACCUCAAGCGAUUGUCUACCUCCUAUUUGCGAAUGGAGGAUGACACGGGUGCCCUUUGGGACGUCGGCAAGUUCCUUUCUGCUAGGAGCUACGAUGCUUCAUCACCUCAGGAAUGUCUCCGGACCUGAACAAGAAGUUGCGCAAAUGAUGGCAGACUCGUUCUACGUUGAUGACCUGCUCCCGGCACCGAUGCAGCAGAAGAGGCAAAAUGCAUCAUAA